CGGAUUCAAGAAACAGAUUUAUUAUUCAAUAAAAUCAAGUAACUGCUCAAGCUAAAAAUUCACAAGAUCUUUCAAAUUAUUCAAACACACUGCUUAGCGAUGUCCAGAUCGAGCAAGGGCUUUGCCCGUUUAGUAAAUCCGGGCGUGAUACUCAACCCGGAGCUCAAUCAGAAGAUAUUCGCCUUUGAAGCCAUGACCGCCGAGCGAUCUGACCUGGAUCUGGAACUUAACAGAUUGCGCAAGCAGCAGGAUGAGACCGAGGAUAAUUUGGCAGAGGCGCUGGCCGAGGAUGAGUUUCAGUGCAAUUUGCGGGGCCAGCAGUUCUCAGGACCCAACGAGGAUGAGCUGCAGGUAAUCCUCAAGAACCACCUGGGUGGAAUUAUCAACAAGCUGGCUGGCAAGUAUGAGCGCAUCAUAUACCUAGAUGCCGACAUUAGAAAGCUCAAGGGCACCAUCGAGAAGGCCAUCACAGUGGCAAAUGAGGAGUCGGCAGCCGCAGCCUCGAUGUGAAGCGGUUUUAACCAAUUUUUGCACUACCAUGUGUAUCUUAAAAAUUUUCGUUCUCUGAAAGUGGUUGCAAGUAAGAGUUUCCCAUUUAUAAAUCAAAUAAAAUAUACAUAAUUUAAAAACUCCA